GUUUAUAUGCUCACCCCACCACAAAACCCCACUCUUCUAUGGAGAAGCUUUGGCAGCAACUCCUAUUAUUUGCUGGAACUUUUAAGGUUGAUUAGGAGGCUUUCAGUUUUCUCUCUCUAGGCAGUUUUCUUCGCAUUCUCUCUCAUCCCCCACCCCCAGAUCAAAAAUGGUGAGGCAAAAGAUUGAGAUAAAGAAGAUUGAUAACUUGACGGCGAGGCAGGUGACCUUCUCCAAGAGGAGAAAAGGGCUUUUCAAGAAAGCUAGAGAGCUCUCUACUCUCUGCGAUGCUGAGAUUGCCCUCAUUGUUUUCUCGGCCUCCGGCAAACUCUUCGAUUAUUCUUCCUCAAGCAUGCGACAACUCAUCCAAAGGCAUGAUCACCAAACAGAGAAAUGCAAGCUACUUAGGCAACAACCCCUUUGCAUUCAGGGAAGUGAUAGCCAUGGCGUUCUGAGCAAGAAGCUUAUGGAGCUGAGCAUUGAGCUAAAACAACUUGAGGGAGAAAAUCUGCAAGGGCUUGGGCUGCCCAGUCUCAUGAAGCUUGAGAAAUUGGUGGAGGGAGGAAUAAGCCGCAUCAGAAAAACUAAGAAUGAGAGGCUCGACCACGAAAUAAAGAAGCUCAGGACAAGGGAAUUGGAAUUGAUGGAAGAAUUGAAGAAACAGAAAUCCAGCACAAGAAAUGCUUUUGACCAAGGAAUUACGCCUAUUGCCAACUGCAAUGGCUCAGACACAUUCCUCAAGCUGGGGCUGCCCUAUUCCAACUGCAAUUGAGGUGAAACAGCGCAAUUAUUGAGAUAUAUAGUAAUACUACAUUUAUAUUUUAUGUAAAGUUUGAUAUAUUUCGGAUGCAUGAUUCUGGCUCUUGAUGACCUGGUUUAUCGCCAUGCAAUAACACAUCACAUAGGAAGUACUACAAUAAACUAAA